CCCUCCGCUGCUUCCUGUCUGCGGGAGCUGUUGAACGCGGGCUGUCUGUGGAGAGUGUUCGGCAUGGAUGUCCGCUCCGCCUCGCAACUUUUAACCGUCGAUACUUCUCAUUUAAACCGCUUCGUGUCAUCUGGAAACGGGUUUCUGAAGAGAGCGAGCCGACGCUGAGCCCCCACCGACCGCCGGAACAACAUUAAACACAUUUGUUCUCCUUUUUCCUCUCAGUUCGAGUUGUAGGAAGAGGGGAAAAUGCCAGUCGCAACUCUUCUACCUUUUACCGCCACUCCGAGUCGGAAGUCGGCCAGCCCGACUUCGUUCAGGUUGACGGAGAAGUUCAUUUUGUUGUUGGUGUUCAGCGCGUUCAUCACGCUGUGCUUCGGGGCUAUCUUCUUCCUGCCGGACUCGUCGAAGCUGCUCAGCGGAGUUUUCUUCCGUUCCCCGCCGGUGGAGACCAACACCCGCACMGGUCCGGAGAGCAUCGACUCCGGUUCGGCUGGGAACGAAGAACGGAACCUGGAUAAGAUCAAACGAGACCACGAGAAGGCUCUGCUGGAAGCCAAGGACACUCUGCAGAAACCCCCGGGAGUUAUCAAAGCGGAGAUCUCAACCGACAAGAGUAAACUUGCUAAUGAGCGUCUGGGUCAAGGUGGGAAUAAUUUACCUGUCAUCGACUAUCACCGCCCCCCCGGGGCGACCGGACACGAACCGGUGGACCCCGAAACCAGGGAGCGACGGAAUAAAGUCAAACAGAUGAUGAAGCACGCUUGGGAUGGCUACCGGCGCUACGCCUGGGGUUCCAAUGAGCUCAGGCCUGUCUCCAAACAAGGCCACUCCAGCAAUUUAUUUGGGAGCAUAAAAGGAGCUACGAUAGUGGACGCUCUGGAUACCUUGUACAUCAUGGAAAUGUUUGACGAGUUUGACGCCGCCACAGAGUGGGUAGAGAAGAAUCUGGACUUUAAUGUGAAUGCAGAAAUCUCUGUUUUUGAGGUGAACAUCAGAUUUGUCGGAGGUCUGCUGUCUGCCUACUACCUGUCUGGAAAAGAGGUGUUUCGCAGAAAGGCAGUGGAGUUGGGUGAAAAGCUGCUGCCGGCCUUCAGAACGCCCACAGGCAUCCCCUGGGCUCUGCUGAACCUCAAGAGUGGUAUUGGUAGAAACUGGCCGUGGGCGUCAGGUGGGAGCAGCAUCCUGGCAGAAUACGGCACCCUGCAUUUGGAGUUCAUGCACCUCAGUGUACUCUCAGGAAAACCUGAGUUUGCUCAGAAGGUAAUGACCAUCAGGAAAGUCCUUAACCGCCUGGAAAAACCUCAGGGGCUCUACCCAAAUUACCUGAACCCAAACAGCGGCCAGUGGGGCCAAC